GUCCAGCCGGAGUUGACGUCAGCAGCAUCUCACCUCUCCACGUUUCCAGCGAGCAGCCAGCGGCAUACUCGCCAGCGGGCCGCCGAACUCUCCCUUCCCGUUCAUUGGUAGCCUGGAGCGCCUAUCAGGAGCAGUCGACUCCGGGACAUUCCCUAUCCGCGUGCUCCGUCGGAAGUGGUCGUCGCUUCGCUCUGCUCCAUUGGACCUAACCGCUGUCGUUUGGGUUCCUUCACGUUGAGAACCGAACGCCUCUCCGGUUCUGUCUGCUGAGCCGCCUUCAUAUUGGCUGCUAGGAGCUGCGGCGAUCACGGCAGGACUGGGGCCCCCACCAUGACGAAAUCCGGACUGUUGCGGCGUUCAAAGAACAAUUUAGUUUUUAAAUCACUUUGACCAGUGUUUUAGUAAUUUAUUUUAAACUGUCCGGAAUGGUACCGUCCAGUAUUAGCUUAAAGCUUUCAUCCGACUCCUUGGUCCUCAAGAGGGAUUUGUGCCUGACUUUUCUCAACAGCCAUUUUUUGCAGACAAAGAGCCGUUGAGUAGGCUUUCAGGAGGCUACCGGGUCAGUGGGCCGCUGCUGUAAAUAAAGUGAGACGCGAACCGGAAAAGCCUCUGCCGAUCACAUUUCAACAACGGAUUAUGAAAGAACGGAUAACUUUCAAAACACGCAGAUUUUUCUUGAUGUAAGAGAAGCUGUCGGAGCGGACUUCUUACCGGACCUGGCCGGGGAACCCCUUGGGAUUCCCCCGGAGGAGCUGGCCCAAGUGGCUGGGGAGAGGGAAGUCUGGGCCUCUCGACGCUACUGCCCCCGCAACCCGACUGCAGAUAAGCGGAUGAAAAUGGAUGGAUGGACAAAUAACAGAUUUACACGUCCAGGGGGCUCCUUUAAAGAAGAAAGUGGACAACAUGUGGAGCAGCCUGAAAAGCAGAUGCCAGACUCUCUUCCAUAGCACAGGAUGCAACGAAGGCCGGGCUGAGGCAGAUGCGGUCCACUGUGUGGUGGAUCUGGGUGAAGGAAGCCGCACAGGUGAAGCUCAAGGGCAGCAGGCUUCCAGCCCAUCCUGGAGCCUCCUACCGGGGCCCGUGGUAACCACAGGACGCAGCCAUCAUAACUGUGCAACAGAUGUCCCACAGAUAGUAGAGAUCUCCAUCGACAAAGACUCUGAUGAUGGUCGGGGGAGCUCAGGUGGCGUUCCCAUGGCACGCAGAGACUCCUAUUCCCGCCAUGCUCCAUGGGGCGGCAAGAAAAAGCACUCGUGUUCCACCAAAACCCAGAGCUCUUUAGAGACAGAACGGCGUUCCGGGCGCUUAAGAGGAUGUGGGAACCGUAGAGACCGGCGCUAUGGAAUCAGCUCCAUUCAGGAAAUCAAUGACUCCUCAUCUGGUGGGCGUGGUCUAAGUGGCCGUUCCUUUCGCCAGCGGCUAAGUGAUACGGUUGGGUUGUGUUUACCACUGUCUGUCCGGAGACACGCGCACUCAUCUAAGAACCCGGCCAACUCUAAGCGGAAGAUUCAUCUGACGGAGCUCAUGCUAGAGACCUGUCCCUUCCCACCGGGCUCGGACCUGGCCCACAAGUGGCACCUGAUCAAACAGCACACGGCACCUGUCAGUCCACAUUCCUCCACUGCCCUUCUGGACGCAUUUGACUCAGCUCAACCUUCACCUGAGGAUGAGGAAGAACGUCUGCGUGAGCGCCGUAGACUUAGCAUUGAGGAAGGGGUCGACCCACCACCCAACGCACAGAUCCACACCCUGGAGGCCUCUGUGCCGGGUUCGUCUCUCUACAAACUUGGACCAAAGAUGGCUCCUGGCAUGGGAGAGGCCUCUGGGGAAGCUCGGACCUCCGGGUCUGGCAUCUCUCUGGCAGCCGGAGCAUCAGGGGCAUGUGGACAGGUGCUGGGAUGUGGAGCAUCCUCUCAAGACUGUGAUUCUGAGGAGGAUUCAACCACCUUGUGUCUACAAGCCAGGAGGCCAAAGCAGAGGCACGCCUCUGGAGAUGGUCACCAGAGCAGGCAGCAGCCUGGACCCUGGAAGGUUCACACCCAGAUAGACUACAUCCACUGCCUCGUGCCAGACCUUUUACUCAUUACAGCUCUGCCAUGUUACUGGGGCGUGAUGGACCGCUAUGAGGCAGAGGCUCUGCUGGACGGACGCCCCGAGGGCACCUUCCUGCUGCGCGACUCGGCCCAGGAGGACUACCUCUUCUCCGUUAGCUUCCGCCGCUACAAUAGAUCUCUGCACGCACGCAUUGAGCAAUGGAACCACAACUUCAGCUUUGAUGCUCACGACCCUUGUGUUUUCCAUUCUUCCACCGUCACAGGACUGCUGGAGCACUACAAGGACCCGAGUGCUUGCAUGUUUUUUGAGCCGCUGCUUACGGUGCCGCUCCAUCGGACCUUUCCCUUCGCCCUGCAGCACCUGGCUCGAGCCGCCAUCUGUCGGUGGACCACUUACGAUGGCAUAGGCUCUCUGCCGUUGCCCCCUGCCCUGCAGGACUUCCUUAAGGAGUAUCACUAUAAACAGAAAGUACGAGUCCGCUGGCUGGAGAGGGAGCCACCACUCAAGGUGAAGUAGGGCUGGCCUUUCCAUCGCCUGAACGCACACGGCGGGAGGUUCCUUGGUAGCCAGUUAAAGGCUGUAUGUCUUUCAGAUGGGGGAUAGAAUUAAUUAUAACAAGCUACUUCAAAGUUUAUUCUAAUCUUUGUUUUUAUUAAUGACAUCACAAAUGCACACAUAUGAUAUUCUGUGUAAACCUGUUUUAAUGGGGGGGGGCGUCUCCUCUCCUGGUUUGUGUUAAACGUCUGGCUGAUUCCUCCACACCCCGCCUGCAUGCUGACCGUUCAUACCACACAACCGUUUGACUCUGUUGUACAGUCCGCUUUGUGCUCGAGUCCCCCACUCCGCCCGGCGGAGCGUUGGUGACACAUCUUCCCCAGGUGUGCCGGUUCAGAGCUGGCCCUGCGUGCAUGAGCAUCAGGUGUGUAAAGGUGGAGUCAUCUGGCUAAACAGGUGAAACGUAUGCUGCUGUGUGGCCGAAGGGACACUCUGUAAGGGAAUGAUCACAAUUCCUUCUGCUCUGCUAGUCGUCUUCUCAUGCAGCACUCUUCUCUGGCGAAUGAAUCCAACAUGGCUGCUGCCUGUAGCAACCUCGUCUCUGACGUAGCACAUCCCACUAAUUCGGAGUGACAGCUAGAACAACAAACUGGUUUUCCCAAUCAUGUGACUUAAGACCUCAUCCAGAACCAGAGUGUGGGCAUCCUGGAGGCUACCUGGGGUCCUCCGGGACUGUUGCUCCUGUAAGAUGCAGAAUAAGGCAUUUGUUAGAACGAUGAAAGGGGGGUUCGUGUCUCCAGCAUAAAAGCUUCAGCUGUGAAUGAUUUUAGUUCCUGCUGGCUUGUCUGGUUUCUGUUGAAACCUGGAACCUUCGUGCCUUUUUCAGAACCUUUGGUCUGGUUCUGGUGGGACUGGUGAAGGUUCAGUCAUCCAGGCUACGGUCCUCUUGGGUUUACUUUAUUUCUGAUGAGCUUCUCUUCUGAGGACUUCUCACAAUGAAACAGAAAAGUGCAAAGUACCAAGCUUAUAAAACAACAGGUGCAUGAGCUCUGAGCUCACCUUCCUAUGGUGCACGUUAGACUUUAGUGGUGCUAUUUAAAUAAAAACCUGAAUACUAAAAAUAAGCUUUAGUUGUGUCUGUCUCACUCUGAUGCAUGCAUUAAUCUGUAUCUCACAAUAUUAGGUUGUUAUUAGGGAGUUGUUCUGCUCCAGUUCUACGUGUUCCACACUACUGCCUGGAAAAGGAACGUAGAUGCACUAAUUAGCAUUAUACCAUAAAAAUAGGCAUUUUAAAUGUCUCCUACAGGCCAGUAUCUCAGUGGGGCCUGGGCCUCUGGGACAAAGAUGAAUCAGAGUUGGAAAGGUUUUUCCAGCGAUCAGUUUAAGAAACGGCUGCUGAUUUACAUCAGCUGAGGGGAGCUGUUCAACAGUGAUUGGACCUAAAUCACUUCUGUUACAUUAAAACCAUAUAAAAUUACAUUUAAGAUGAUAUAAAGUAAUUAUCUAGCAUUCAGAUGUUUGUACGAAACGCAUGUGGACACCUACUAAUUAGACUCUGCUCGAUCUCGUUAAAUUAAUGUGUGCAGACAUGCUGCUAUGAAAGCACAGAAGAAUGAUUCUGACCUAUGAUGCUAUGGGAACCCAGAGGUCCAAAUGGGAUGUCGGAGGACAGAAACCGCUUUAGCGGGUUUUGUCCUGCCGUCUGGUGCUUAAUUCUUAAAAACACAAGAUGCAUCAGAGGGAAUGACUGCGUAGGAGGAGGAAAUUAAACUAACCAGAAUAAUUGUACUAUGAUGAAUGGCCUGUAUGUGAACAAGCACCUUCUAGGGUUCUACACUUCCCCCAAGGCACUUUACAACACAACAUUCAUUUGCCCACACACACAUGCUGGUGGGAAUGAGCUACAUAAUUGCCACAGCUGCCCUGGGGCGCACUGAUGGAGGCUGGCACCGCCGGUCCAUCUGACAACCACCAGCUGGCAAGGCGGAUGAAGGGCCUUGCCCAAAGACAACCGCAAUGGGAGUAAUGGUACCAGAGCUCAGCACUGAGCUGGUCCCGGUCCGGUGUUGGUGCUCUUUCAAGAGACGAAGCUGAGAUUUCUGGAGAGAAAUCUGCCAAAGUCGGAAGCACUUUAGUGUGAGUUUGUGUUCAACGGUGACGUGUGAAGGCCUCAUCUGGGAUCUAAAGACAGGAUUCGGGUGUUUUUAGGAGUUCAGCUACAGAAAAACCAGAUUCCUGUUUUGGAGCAGACUGGACCGUGAGGGGUGGUCUUAGCCACUCCUAUGAACGGAACGAUCUCACCGCGUUUUGCCCACACCGUGUUUUCCCUCCAUAAGAGGCAGCAGAAGCGGUUUGGGUUUGUUUUUGAAGCCUUGGUGGAGCUGUAGCCCCCCCACCCCGGUCCCAGUACGAGUCAUGGAUCCAGACCUUUAGAACAUUUAUUAUUGUUCCCCUACGGUAGAACGUUUGCUUAGGAGCUGAAUGCAAAUGAUGUCUAAAAAAACAGCCCUGAUUAUGCAACGGAGUGUCAACGUUUAAUGGUUGUAAUCCCGUCACUUUAAUGCUGUUCGUGCACGCUGGCGCCGACGCAGGAGGACCUGACAAUGAUGGGAACUCAUGGUUGUGGCUGUGCGGCGCCGCCACGUUCCCUGACCGCCUGGUUCGUUCUGACCUAUCACAGAAGCCACUGAGUCGUCAGACGAAUAUCUCUUCUCCUUUUUCUUUUCCUGCUGUCGGAUUGGAUGGAUAAUCAGUUCCACUUUUCAGUGUCUGUUCUGGUUUAACCUGUUUUUAUUUUCAAGAACCGUCUCAAUACAUCACAUGUAGUUGUCACUCUUGGUGCUUGGCUUAUGUUUCAUUGUCUUAAUAUUCCAAAUAAAACUGCGAUCCUCACCGGC